GUGAAAGUCGAUGGAUAUAAAACAGCUACCUAUUUCCAGCUUCCAAACUGUUAACAUUUGCUUGUGGAAUUUAUGGAAAAAUGGACUUUUUGUUUGUUUGUUUUAUAAAGCAAUGGGAAACCCAGAAAACGUAGAAGAUGUGUAUGUUGCUGUUAUUCGUCCAAAGAAUACUGCUAGUCUCAAUUCUCGGGAAUACAGAGCUAAGUCAUAUGAAAUUUUGUUGCAUGACGUUCCCAUUGAAGGACAGAAAAAAAAGAGAAAGAAAGUUUUGUUGGAAACUAAACUUCAAGGCAACAGUGAAAUAACACAAGGCAUAUUGGAUUAUGUAGUAGAAACCACCAAACCAAUUUCUCCCGCAAACCAGGGUAUCAGAGGAAAACGAGUGGUACUAAUGAAAAAAUUUCCUCUGGAUGGAGAGAAGAUGGGCAGAGAAGCAGCAUUAUUUAUUGUUCCAUCAGUUGUCAAAGAUAAUACUAAAUAUACUUAUACUCCAGGAUGCCCGAUUUUUUACUGCUUACAAGAUAUUAUGCGAGUCUGUAGUGAAUCCAGUACUCACUUUGCUACACUCACAGCAAGGAUGUUAAUAGCCUUGGAUAAGUGGUUAGAUGAACGUCAUGCACAGUCUUACUUUAUUCCAGCUUUAUUCCGACCUUCUCCUCUUGAGCGGAUAAAAACUAAUGUCAUAAACCCUGCAUAUGCUACUGAAUCAGGUCAGACAGAAAACUCACUACAUAUGGGCUAUAGUGCACUAGAAAUAAAGAGUAAAAUGUUAGCCCUAGAAAAAGCAGAUACCUGUAUUUACAACCCUUUGUUUGGAUCAGAUCUUCAAUAUACAAACCGGGUAGAUAAAGUGGUAAUAAAUCCAUACUUUGGUCUAGGAGCUCCAGACUAUUCAAAAAUCCAAAUUCCAAAACAGGAAAAAUGGCAGAGAAGCAUGAGCAGUGUCACGGAAGACAAGGAACGACAGUGGGUAGAUGAUUUUCCUCUCCACCGAAGUGCCUGUGAAGGAGAUUCAGAAUUACUAAGCCGUCUUCUCAAUGAAAAAUUUUCAGUCAACCAGUUAGAUAGUGACCACUGGGCGCCCAUUCAUUAUGCGUGCUGGUAUGGAAAAGUCGAGGCUACUCGCAUAUUGUUAGAGAAAGGAAAGUGCAAUCCAAACCUUUUAAAUGGACAACUUAGUUCUCCACUUCAUUUUGCUGCUGGAGGAGGACAUGCUGAAAUAGUACAGAUUCUUCUAAACCAUCCAGAAGUUGACAGACAUAUAACAGAUCAACAAGGAAGAUCUCCAUUAAACAUUUGUGAAGAAAACAAACAAAAUAAUUGGGAAGAAGCUGCAAAAUUGUUGAAGGAAGCCAUUAACAAGCCAUAUGAAAAGGUUCGAAUAUACAGAAUGGAUGGAUCAUACCGUUCUGUUGAAUUGAAGCAUGGAAAUAAUACCACAGUGCAGCAGAUAAUGGAAGGAAUGCGUCUUUCUCAAGAAACACAGCAAUAUUUCACUAUUUGGAUUUGUUCAGAAAACCUCAGCCUUCAACUCAAACCAUAUCAUAAACCCUUGCAACAUGUUCGUGACUGGCCAGAAAUACUUGCUGAAUUGACUAAUUUGGAUCCCCAAAGGGAAACACCCCAGCUUUUCCUGAGAAGAGAUGUGAGACUUCCUUUGGAAGUUGAAAAAAAGAUUGAAGACCCAUUAGCAAUUCUUAUUCUCUUUGAUGAAGCCAGAUAUAAUUUAUUGAAGGGCUUUUAUACAGCUCCUGAUGCCAAACUGAUAGAUGUUGACAUGUGUGCUUACAGUGAAGAAAAUCUAAAAUCCAUUGUACCUAUUACCAAACUGAAAAGUAAGGCACCACACUGGACAAAUCGAAUACUUCAUGAAUACAAGAAUCUUAGUACAAGUGAGGGUGUCAGUAAAGAAAUGCAUCACCUUCAGCGCAUGUUCUUACAGAAUUGUUGGGAAAUUCCUACAUAUGGAGCAGCAUUUUUCACAGGACAGAUAUUUACAAAGGCAAGCCCCAGCAAUCAUAAAGUCAUCCCUGUGUAUGUAGGAGUGAAUAUAAAAGGACUUCAUCUCCUCAACAUGGAAACUAAGGCUUUACUCAUCAGUCUUAAGUAUGGUUGCUUUAUGUGGCAAUUAGGAGAUGCUGAUACUUGUUUUCAGAUCCAUAGUAUGGAAAAUAAAAUGAGCUUUAUAGUACAUACAAAACAGGCUGGUCUCGUGGUGAAACUGUUAAUGAAGCUAAAUGGACAGUUAAUGCCCACUGAAAGAAACUCGUAAAAGGAAAGUAGCUGGUACUCAAGCCACCACAUUUUGUAAUGCAGUUUUUUUUCCAUGAAAGAUUUCUUAAAAUAUUA